UUUCCUCUUUGAUUUGCAACUUUUUUCUCAAGUGACAUUUCCUUUGACUGGAUUAGGUAUACCCGUCGCGUUCAUAUUCCAGCCAAUCAACGAGCAAUGCUUAGGCUUCUGACCCGAUCGGCUCGUGUUUUAAACCCCAAAUGAUUGACGCAAUUGAAUAAUAAGGUUUUGGCGGGAAUUAUUCAAUUUAUCGUUCAAUCGCUUUUCUCCCCUAUUAUUUUGGUAGCUAAUCCAUUAAUCUAGUUGCCUAAAUCAAGCAUAUCAUGACCAAAGUUCAAAUCUAAUCAAAAGUGCUUGAACAAUCUGCCUGAAAAGAGAGGUUAUAUUAUGACAGCUGAUGCGGGAGUUGACCGAAAACUCAAGGCAUAAAGUUAAAAAAAGAAACCCGCGAAUUUCUAUUUACAAAUUUCCGAAAUUCUUAAACAUUUAUUGUAAAUCUAUCGCUUUGGCGCCAAUUUUUCGAUAAAUCGGACAUCAUGGCGCAAAUUGCAGGUGCAAAUUCCCGCGUUUUGUAACCAUAUUCCCGAGAGUGUGGCACUCGACUCGCGUGUUUGGGGCCUUUGUGCGCGUUUGCUAUCAGAUAUCGCCCAUUCAAAGGGCAGCAGGAUGGUCCUGUCGGAUGAUACCGGUGUAGAAUUGCUGCAACUGCAUCAGGAGCUCUGCAGCAAACUGAACCUUGACUCUGCCAUCACUGCAUCGUCCUGGGACACUUACGAAUCCAUCAGCAAGAAGUUUGUUUUAGAGGGUGAGAAAAUACACUGGUUGGGAUGUGCGAUCUACGUUGCCUCUCGAGGAGUGGAAACGCCCACAGUGGACAAAUCGUCAGUAGUGAAAGGAAUGGGAAUAAACCUGACAAGCCUUUUAAGGCACAGCAACUUGAGCUUUGUGCAGUUUUUCUCGAACAUCACCCGUUGGUCGGAACUGGCCCAAUUGCCUGAUGAGUUCCGCACCAAAAUCGAGAAUUUGCGGAACAACUUCAGCAUCGCCUACAACGCCUUCAAAACGUACCACCCGCUUUUUUCGGAAGUGUUUAUUGCGCCCGUUCCCAACGCACAAGACCUGGAGGCCGCAAAGCACAGAAACAGGCGAAACAGGGCAAUUCCUUGUACAUCACUGAAAAUCUUUGAGUUCGUUUGGAAUAUGUUCAUCAUAUUGAAAGCCGAGGAAGCGUCGUGUAGUAAAGAGCUGAUCAACGCGUGCCAUUUGCUCUACUGCUGCAUAGACUUGGCGUUUAAGAACGUGUUAGCAGCUGAAAGGAACGACUUGCUCAAUGAGAAAGUAGUGGAGGAAUUGUCGCACUGCGUCUAUAUGCAAGAUGGCAGAACGACCAAGGAAACGCCGUGCUUUGUUAAAAGAUUCUGCAAAUACGACUCGGUUGUUAAGGAGGCCUUGCACAUGAAAAUAUACACAUUCAAGCAGCUGGUGUCGAAAUUGGUCGACUCCAAUGUCUUAAUCGCGGACGAAAUCGAUUUCAGUGGGAUCUUCGAUCCGGAAAACUUCGAUCAGAACUACCGGAGCAUUAAGAAGGCGUACGAAACUCACUUGUUGAGUGAAGGCGACUUUGACGAGCGCAUCUUCAUGGCCGAAUUCAAGCGCAUGCUGUUGGAGAAGGAGCAGAACUCUCAAAACUGGACCUCAAUGAAGGUGCUGCCACCGGGCGAUUCUGCUGAUGCGACUCUGAUGGAAUCGCCCAAAGUUGCUGGCAACCCCAAGGGGUUGGAUACUCCCCUUACUGGUAGACGGUUUUUGGGGCCGCGAGAGAGCGAUUCGUCCGGCAAAUCAACCUCAGAACGAGUGGCCGGAUUGCACACAAUGCUGGGCAAAGGCAACCGGCUGCCACACCCUAGCGAAGAACUGAAGAAACUUUUCCAGUCCACCAAAAAAGACCCGCUUUCGAAGAUCGAGGCAAUUCUCUCCAAAAUAAAAACGUUGUUUCUCACCGCCUAUGCUGCUAAUGGGUUUGCGCUGGAAGAGGGCCAAAACCGAGCAGUCUUGGCCACCACGUUGUUUUACAAAUCAGUCGAAAUGAUUCUCAACAAAGAGAAAACGAUCACUCCAGAUCUCUCCGCGCUGGUUGACAAGGAUAUUUUCUACCAGUCGAUGUUCACAUGCUGUCUGGAAAUUGUUCUCUACUGUUACAAUUUCCCCAAAAAGUUUCCCUGGAUUUUGGACGCCGUCAAUGUUGAACCAAUUCACUUCGUUAAAGUGAUCGAAUUAAUCGUCCGAUCCAAAGACUCGCUGUUUCGAGAGUUGAUCAAGCAUCUGAAUAGGAUCGAAGAAACUGUGAUAGAGUCGCUGGUGUGGAGAUCGAACAGUCCAAUUUGGGCGGCCAUUGAAAAAUCCGGGCAGGAAAUUCCCAAAUUCCAAGACACCGCCCUGCCUGGGCAUCUGCUCUAUAAUGACGAUUCGUAUGAGCACUUACUGCAAUCCCCUGGACCUCCGUCUGCCGCCGAUCGGUUUCAGUCGCCGCUUUCCCAACUUUGCAAAAACUUGUUCCCUUCGAGCGUGAGCACGUUGCAGAUGAAGAAGUCCCUGGGUCAAGGCGGCGGGCCUGAUAAAGAGGAGCAAACCGGCCGACAGGGCAGUCCGGAGAGCAAAGCGAAUUCUCAAGCUGCCUCUUUACCUCGGCGAACUGGCAGUUUGUCUAUCAUUUUCAGAAAGUUUUACAACCUGGCCGGAGUGCGAAUGCAGCAUCUUUGCUCCCAUUUGUGUUUCGACGACUUCGAACUGCGAAGGAAAAUAUGGACGAUUUUCGAAGACUCGAUCAGACAUACCGACCUGAUCAAAGACAGGCACUUGGAUCAGCUGCUGAUGUGUGCAAUAUAUGUGAUCUGCAAAGCAGGAAACAUCACCAAAAUGACCGACUUGUUUGCCGUAAUCAUGAAAUUUUAUCGGCUGCAGCCGCAAGCUUCCAGCUCAGUCUACAGGGAUGUUUUGAUCGAGACUACCAAAGAUGGAGACCUAAUUUCCGAAGUUCGGAGUGAUUUGAUCCAGUUUUACAACUCUGUGUAUGUAAAAGUGAUGCGAUCCUACGCGGUUAAGUUUCAGCCCAAUUCGGACCCAAAGGUAACUACGUUUAUUCAUGGCAAGUCGCGUUUUGAAGCUUCAUUUUUCCAGAACUCGAUUCUUCUGAGCCCGCUUCCAGCCAGCAGGAAAAACCUGUUUGCCUCCAAUUUGCAAGUGGUUGGGAACGUUUUCGUGAAGCCUUUGGAGACGGCCACAACGCAAAGCGGGUCGACUUUCAAUUACUACUUCAGCCGCAGCCCUUCUAAAGAUCUAAUGAACAUAAACCGAGCAAUCAACAGCAACGGGAUUCAAGGGAAAAGGUUACUGAUUGAUGAAGACGGAAAUAUGCCGAACAGCAAGCGGAUUUCAAAUAGAAAAGUCCAGUCUCUAGUGGAGGACCGGCAGCGGCAAAACGCAAGCGAGUAACCCGAGUUUUAGUGUAUUUUUACGUUUCAAUCAGUCGUGUUAAAGUUCUUUUAUAUUUUAUUCUGCUAAGGUUGAUUGGCACGAAACAGGAGCCCAUAUUUGCAAUAUGAUUUUACUCUUCGCCCAUCGAUCAGGAGUUCAUUUUCUAGUUCGAUUCCAUUUGCAAUUCAAAAUUGCUGGUUUUCAUUGAUUCAGGAAACUUUUGAAUUUUACUCAGAGAAGUUAUGGGCCUGUUGCGUUGUUUUAGUUUAUUUGAUCUCAGGAGGGUGGCCAUGCUCCUCUGCAAUUUGUUAACGGAGAGAUUGUAGCGCGAACACACCGUAAGAGAUUUCAAAUAUUAUGGCAAGUUUGUGGGUUUGGCGAGUUUAAUCGUUCGUUUGUGAACUCGCCAGAUUUCAACUGUAAUUAAUUCAACAAAUAAUUGUUUUGCUAUUUUCAUACACUAACAGAUGAAGGCGCGAGUGAAUGAAGCCUCUUUGCAGUCUAAUAAGUGCACUUGAGGGAUGCAAUUGUGAUUAAAAACCACCUCCAUUUAAUCUUUUAGCGCCUUCGGCCACUCACGUCUGCAAAUAGUAUUCCUAAGGUUUUUUAUUUAUUGACCCUGUACAGGACAGGGUUCUUUUUAUGCUACCUUUAUGUGGAGUAAGAUUGUGUUGACUUUUUAUUACUAAUGAGGUAACUUUAGUUUUGCGGUAGUUUAAGCGGCGCAUCGCUGUAACUUUUAGGUUUACAAUAAACUAGUAAGUUGAUAUUCCCAAA